UUUUUAGACACAAAUCUAAAUUUGUUGUCUGCUUCUCAGUAUGUGAUCGGCUAAGAUUUUCGUGGUACUGUAUUUUCUCGUUUGAUCCCUGGGUCUCAGUGGGUAUCCACGUGCGGGAGAGCAGUGAAUUAAUAUCUAAAGUAUUUAUUUGAGGUUAAGUAACCUUCCUGAAGUCGUAAUGGCAAGUAAUAUGGCUGUAACAAAAAAAUAAUGAAUGAUACGGCACUAAAGUAAGAUAAAAUAUAGGGUUCUUGAGCCUGUUUCUUGAAAGCCUUGAAAACAUUUUAGGCCCACAAAGACAUUUGAAGUUAAAUAUCUGUGUCUAACAACAGAGAGCUGUAUACUCCUGAAACCUCUUGUUUGAAGGGAACCUCUGUUCAUAUUUAGAAUUUGUGAAUAAAACAGCACUGUAAUCAUACGGUUUGAAUUUUUGCUAUGGCUUUCUGGAUACGAAAACUUUUGGGACCAUCGAGAAACAGGUCCCUGGAUACCAAUUUGGUGACUGAAAUUCAAAUGUUAGUAGCCAGAAUGGAAAAUCUAGGUGCAAUUUUACUCCCCGCCCCUUGAUGGGAUGCUAGUCCAUGGCAGGGUUACCCCCAGCAUUAAAUUUGCCAGUACCCAUUUAUAGAGAGCAGCAGUGUAAGUGUUAGUGUCUUGCCCAAGAACACAGCACAAUGACCCUGGCCAAGGCUCAAACUGAGUCAAGGAAAACCCUGACCCCUGACCCACCCUGGGAUAAGGUGGGGAUUUGGAAAAAGUUUUCCUCAAAUGUUGAAUAAUACCCCUACCCCUGGGGAUGUAGAAGGCUAGAAUCAAGUCUGAUCUUGGGAAAUAUGAAUAUAUUUUUUCUGCUGCUGGUCGAGAAUACUUGUAGUCAACAUGUGCUGGUACGUUUAGCACUGUUAAAAAACAGCGUAAAAUUUACUUAAAAUAACAUCUUAGUUAACAUAUUGCUACAUUGUAUUGAAUUACAGGAUGACGAAGGUGAAGAUAUUCAUCUGAGUUCAGAACUUUGUAAUGUAAAAAGAAAACAGAGGAAGGGAAAUGGAGUUAAGAGAGUUUGCAAAGAAACGUCGUCAAGAUCAGAUUCCGAAGAAGGGUCAUCAGAUGAAGAGAUCGCUGUCAUUGGCAAUGACAUCCAAAAUGAUGAAGACCUCAGUAAAGAGUCAGAUGAGAAAGCUAAUGCACGCAACACCAUAAGAAGAGCAAUGCUUUACCCCAGAGCAGCAAAGACAAAUGCGUGGAGGAAACAAACUGUAAAACAACAGCAAAAGUGUGAGACUAGAACUUUAGAUAACAAAAAUAAGAAAAAGAGUAAGGGAAGAAAAGGGAAAUCGAGAGUAAAUACAUCAAAAGUAAUUGAAGAAAGCAGUGGUAAAGAGGCUGAUGAAGACUUGGCCAUUGAUGUUGAGGCAUUUGUGCACCAUGGACCUGUUAUGGAGGAUAUAGAUCAAGCUGCUGCUUCAUUUUCAUGUCCAUUCUGCUCUGCAUUAUGUAAAAAUAACCAAGAUGUCAUACAGCACAUUAAAGACUGCCAUGACUCAGAAUGUGCUGUUGUGGAUCACAGUGAACAAGAUGAAGAGAUGUCCUCAGAUUCACCCACAGAUGCUACUGACAGUGAUGAAGACUUUACACCUAACAAGACAACAACACCUAAACAGAAGGUCAGACGUGCUACAAAAUCACAAACCUCUCAAAGUGAAAAUACAGCUGCAGAAGUAUCUGAGGGUGAACUUUGCAUAGAUGUGGAAAAUGUAAUGGGCAUAGAGUCUGGUGUGAAUGACAUUGAUAAACCAUCUGCACAGUCUACAUCCCUGGUGUCAUCAUUCUCAUGUGUAACUUGCAAUGUCGAUUUCAAGACAAAGAACGACCUUAUAACUCACAUUGCUGAGUGUAACAAACAUGACAGCAGUAAAGAGUCAUGCAGUAAGUUCAGAUGUGUUUGUCAGGCUUGUGGGAUGAGAUUUUACCAGUGGACUGAGCUUCGGAAACACUUUGACGAGAAACCAGACUGUCGCAAGAUGUAUCAGUGUGAUCAGUGUGACCAGAUUUGUCUGACAACAAGUUUCCUAAGGAAACACAAGAGACUUCAUUCAGAUGAAAGACCACACAAAUGUUCUGUAUGUGAUGCUGCAUUUAAAGACAAGGCCUAUCUCAAGAGGCAUGGUGUUAAACACACCGGGGUCAAGGAGUUCAAAUGUGAUCUCUGUGACAAACUAUUUUCCCAUCAACGCACCCUGAGGGAACACAGAAGACGGCACACCGGCGAGAGACCAUACAAGUGUAAAUACUGUGAAGCAACCUUUAUUAACAACAGCAGUCUGAAGACUCACACCGCUAAACACACGGGAAUCCUACCUUACAAGUGUCAAGCUUGUGGCAAAUUGUUUGCCAAGUCCUACGGCCUGAAGAUGCAUUCACUUUCUCACUCCAACGAAAAACCUUUUGUCUGUGAGGUCUGUGGUAAAGGUUUUAAGCGGCCAGAUCACUUUAAACAGCACAAAAUCAUUCAUUCUGAUGACAAACCUUUUAAAUGUGACACGUGCCAUAGGACAUUCAACCAAAGAGUGUGCCUCAGGAAACACCUUCCUUGCAAAGAGCACGAAAAGCAAGAGAAAAAACUGCAGAAUUCUCUUGCCAAACAGAAUCGAACUCAAAACAAACCCAAGCGAUCAAAAAAGUCUUCUACAGAUGCUCCGCGAAAAUCAGAGAAGUCCGAAGAUAUUUCACAAGCCGACUGUGCCAGUCCAGCAGUGGAUGAUACCGCCACAGAUUGCUGCGAAGUUUCAAACGAUUUUAGCUUACCUUCACCUGUUGAUACAAGCGAAAACUCCUUAUUAGCGGGCUGUUAUUCCCCUCCUUCAUUUGUGCGGCCCAUAUCAAAGUUAGACGACAAUGAGUAUUACUCUGAACACGAAGAUACCCAACAGGAUUAUCAUGAGCACGACAGAGAUUUCUCAUCGCAGCACUUGACGGACCGAACAGAAACAAGCUUGCUUCCUGCAUCAUUCGUCCCUGCCAUGUUCGGGGUCGAGGAACCUCUUUCACUCGACACCCUUCCCCCGCUUCCUUCGCAUCAUACGCAUACAUUAUCUGGAAGACCGCUGAGUCAUGACAAUGCUACUGAUCUAGGCUCGGUUUUCCUAAGCAGCCCUAUAGACUCGGAGAACCUAAGUUCCAUCGUCGAAGAGACAAACUCAUUUUUUGGUCAUGACUGAACUCAUUCAUUUUCACUUUAAUUAUUUCGCUUUGAAAACUUAUUUAAUUUAAAUGAUUUAAAUGCAUGGUUACCCCAUGGCACCUGAUGUAUUUACUUAUUUAUUUAUUUAUUUAAAAGUGGGAGGUGAUCGUAUUUAACAUUUGUAAAAUUCCGGUCGUUACUGUUGUGCUCCUCAGACUUUUUUAAAAUAAAUCAAAAAUCGUAUUUAACAUUUAUAACAUUUCAGUCGUUACUGUUAAGCUCCUAAUACUUUGUUAAAAUAAAUCAAAAAAUAAUCUCCAUCACGAGGCCUAAUAUCAUGGUUCUUAGACCAGAUUUAUUAAAAAUAUAAUAAACAGCAGUGAUUAAUAGUUGUUCAAAAAUUGUAACGGUCAGUUUUGGAAAAUGAAUGUUGCCUAGCAUACGAAACUAGAAGUUAAGCAAAAUGCGUUAGCAUACAAUGCUUAUCAUCGCUAUUUUUAAUCUUUGCACUUGCUUUGGAAUUGCAAAGGUGGUGUUGCUAACAGAAGGACGAGCUAACACGCAUGAAUGGAAGUUAUUGAUUUAUGUUUUUCAUCUCCAUGGCUUCAGGUAAAAAUAUUUUUCACAUCUUCAUAUCUUGACUUUUGAAUAAACCCUUUUCUUCCCCACUUGAGGCUCCUAAGAGAAACACAUUGGCACGAAUUCCAUCGUUCAUCGCAAGCUUUUAGGCUCCGCAAAGGGAAGGCGAAAAACAAAGUAAGGUUCUUACAUUUUUUUAAUUAGGAUAUGCUAAAAAUGGCCCCAUUUACAUUCGCCAGUAGUCACAGCCAUAGUUGUCCCGCUAGCUAGCGACCAAAGUACACAAUUUCCGAUUUAGAUGGACGCAUUGGCUGCGCGAUCAUGGGACCGAGGGUAAAAAUAACUUUUAUAGCGUGACUUGAAGCUUAAGGUGAUUCCCUAGUAAAAGAACCCGCCAU